UCAAUGUUUCAUCUCUAGCUCUUUUAAGUUUUGGUUGCUAUUUAUGUAAAUGUUUAGCGAAAUUGCGGAAAAAGUGCAUAUCAGUGCGCUCGAUUGCUGAAAAAGUAGUUGCGUUGCAAACGGCGAAGAGCCCAUCAAAGGCGGCCCAGUAACCAGGCGAUCGGAGGGCCAAAGGAGCAUCAAGUCGACGUGUUGUAUUCGGGGCGCGGCGCCUGCAGAAAACGGACAAAACAUCCUUAGGACAGCCACACAAAGGCGCAUCGAUACUUUCAGCCACCACACACAAUGGCCGAACGACCGAAAAAUUUGUUUGCAACCGGAUCCAGUCGCUCCCGCAAUCCCCCGGAUCAGCUAAGCCUGAAUAAUCUUAGCAUACGCCAUCCGCCCUCGUCCACGUCGUCCACUUCUUCGGGAUCCACCUCCUCGGGCUCAAGUUCCUCAUCACAGCACAACCAUGUGACCCGCUGUUUUGGUGCCCAGCAGCCACAGCAAACCCCGCCGGUGGCCAGCAGUCAAGUGCCACCGGUGCCGGCAGCAUCGAGCAGCAGCGCUGCCGAUCGUCACCGGGAGCGAAUUCGCCAGCAGGCCUGUGGCAAGCUACAGUUUGGUGAGGGCGGCGCUAAUACACACACAUUUACUUCAGACGAUCUCGAGGAUGAGGGCGAAAUUGGACGCGGUGCAUUUGGGGCAGUCAACAAGAUGACCUUUAAGAAAUUGGACAAGGUGAUGGCCGUCAAGCGCAUUCGAUCCACCGUAGACGAGAAGGAACAGAAGCAGCUGCUCAUGGAUCUCGAGGUGGUCAUGAAGUCCAACGAGUGCAUUUACAUUGUUCAGUUCUAUGGGGCGCUUUUCAAGGAGGGUGACUGCUGGAUUUGUAUGGAGCUGAUGGACACCUCUUUGGACAAGUUUUACAAGUACAUCUACGAAAAGCAGCAGCGCCACAUUCCAGAGUCUAUACUGGCUAAGAUAACAGUGGCCACGGUCAAUGCGCUGAACUAUUUGAAGGAGGAGCUAAAGAUUAUCCAUCGGGAUGUGAAACCGAGCAACAUUCUGUUGCACCGUCGCGGAGACAUAAAGCUGUGCGAUUUUGGUAUUUCGGGUCAGCUGGUCGACUCUAUUGCCAAGACCAAGGAUGCGGGCUGCAGGCCCUACAUGGCGCCGGAGCGCAUUGAUCCAGAACGUGCCAAGGGCUACGAUGUACGAAGCGAUGUUUGGUCAUUGGGCAUCACAUUAAUGGAGGUGGCGACUGGUAAUUUCCCCUAUCGUAAAUGGGACUCUGUUUUCGAGCAGUUGUGCCAGGUUGUGCAAGGCGAACCGCCGCGACUUUUGACAUCCUAUAACGGCAUGGAGUUUUCCAAAGAGUUUGUGGACUUUGUCAAUACUUGCCUAAUUAAAAAGGAGAGCGAUCGACCCAAGUAUAGCCGUCUGCUGGAGAUGCCCUUCAUACGUCGUGGCGAGACGAGCCACACUGAUGUUGCCGUGUAUGUGGCUGAUAUACUGGAGUCGAUGGAGAAAGACGGCAUUACGCAGUUUACGGCCAAUCAGCAGGCGGAGAGUUAAUCACCCUAAGCGAAGAUGCAAGUCAUAAAUUAACUAAGAUUCAAGAAGAACACAACAGCAUGCAUAACUAAGCAGAAGGAAAGCAGAUAAAAAGUUUUAAUUGUUGUCUACUUUGUAGCAUUCGUAGAAAACCUAGCGCAUAUUUUGUUAAACAGAAAAACAAACCUAAGCGAAAAGUGUGUAAGCUGAUAGUAAGCAAAAUGUGUGUGUAUAGUUUAAAGUCCCUAAAGCCUAUUAUAAUUCAAUAACUUUUGUAUUCGCAGUUUUGUGCGUUAAGUUUUGUGUUGAAAAUAAAUUUGUGUUUACAACAGGCGAGCGGCGGGUUACAGGCGAAUAUAUGGGCCAAUAACUGACCAGCUUCGGACUCCCAGCCAAAAGCCUAUUUAGCCUCAAUCAAGCGAACAUUUUAUAAUCCGGUUGAUUUAUCUAUCAUAAAUAAUGAUAGCAGACUAAUUGGAAAUGCAUUUUGCGUUAAUAAGCAACCACAUGCGAAACUUAAGCAAUAUUUGUAAAAAAAAAACAGCUUCGUGAAAACGAGAGUUGCUAGCCAUGCAAACAACUAACAGAAACACCAAUGCGCGUUAAGCGUAAGUAACAAGUUCAACAAAAACAAUUUUACAUUAUUUAUUGAACAGAAUUUGUAAUCCUAUUAUAUUUUUUUAAUUUGCAUAAUGAAAAUGAUUGUGAAAAGCUUUAAAUAAUUGCCAAGCGGCUGAGAUGUUUAAAUGUAGUAGAAAUUAUUGCAGAUAAAUGCAAACUAAUCCCAUAAUAUAUAAAAAAAAUUAACCAUAACACCUACACAUUCACAACACACACACACGUUUUUAUGCGUAGAAAUUAGUUGUAAGCGAAGCGAAAAUAUUUAGCAAAAAGUUACAGCUACAAAAACAAAAGUCAUGUGAAAACUACAAAUAAAACAAAAUAAAUGUAUUGUGCCUAAGUAUAAACCGAAAUGAUAAACACUCACCAAGAGAACUACAAUUUAAAUUUAAUCAAAACUCAUAAGCCAUUUAUAAUCCUUAGCCUAGCUUUUAAACCCUUAAACCCUGCUUAUUAGACGUACCGCAUAUUUAUACCAUGCCAUUCCUGCCCAAAAAUAUUCACAGCCAAACAAUUGCACCGUCUAUGUCCCCGUCUCAAAAAAGAAAAAAAAAUAGGAAAACGAAGAAAAAUGGAAGUAAAACCAAUGUUUUUUGAUUAACAUUUUUAUGCAAGCGUCAAUGUGAAAGCAAAGUUUAUUUUGUAUACAUAUAUAUACAUGCAUAAUAUAUAUUUGCACGGGUUGCAUAUUAUAGCAUAAGAAAAGCAACAAGAGCCUGCAGCAUUUCUCUUUUAUUUUUUUUUAAGUCUUGUUUGCGAAAUAAAAUCCUAAAGCAUGCAGCAUUUAGACCGGAUAUACACAUGAAAAUAUGAAAUUGUAUAUUUUUAUUAAGCCCACAAACAUCCCAGAAUAUGCAGAUAGACUUGUCAAGUAGUGUUCGGUGCGCCGCCGAGGGAGAGUAAUAAUAUGAAAUAAAUAUUUCAUUAUUGAAGCGUAGAUCUUGAGCAAAAGUUAAUUAACAUUCCAUGCGAAAAACUCAUCUACAUCUCCGAUGAAAUCGUUUCUAUUGCACUUGCUGACAAAAAGGAUAUACAAACAGGAUAUAUGGUGGCUAAUGAAAACUAACUGACCGCAAUGUUGAAUUUAAUCACACCUAAUCACAAGGUGGUAUAGUUGAAAACAAUUACCUAAGUACUUGGGCAGAUCACUUUUGAUAAGACUAGGGGUAAACCUAAAAAUCAUAUUAUACAAGUCAUGUGUAAUGCCAGGAAUAAUGCAAUCGCGAGUCGUCAAUAUUUUUGACAAUAAAUGGAGUAUAAUUUAUUUUUAAAGUAAGCAAAACUAAAACGGCACGGACAUAUGGAUUGUGUAUAUAUGGUAGAUAUACUAAAGACAUAUGACUGGCAAAUAUUUAUACACUAAUCUAUGAACUAGUUGCAAGUCAAGUGCGGUACUUAUGUCUGUCAAUCGCCGCAUAAAUUCCCAAGUGAAAUUCAACACCAAAACCCCCAAUAAUUGGCUUCCAAUGAUCCAAGGCCUUUUGAAUAUAAUUAAAUUUCUAAAAAAUAUGCUCGAAAAUAAAUCUAACCAAUGACAAAACUGGAAACGCAACGUCCACAACAAUAUUAAUAUUUGCAAUCUUUUAAAACUAGCUUACAUAUAUAUGUAACUUUCGGAACAUUCUGGGAUCUCAAUUUUCGGAUCCAGAUCCUAAACGAAACCCAUUGCGGAAUCGGGUGCCGCUCACUCAACACUUAGCGCACUAAGUUUUACUGAUUACCAAUAUACCAAUACCAGUCUAUAUGAAUAAUCCCGUCAAGUCGGCCCGAACUAUAACUACACAAGGAUAACCAAAUACCGAAAGGGAGCUACUCUCAAUGUCAUGGCAAAUACACACAGAGAUAAAUAGCAUAGAACUGUUAAACAAAAUUGAAAAGGCAAAACACCACAAAUAAAACAAUUUGUAAAAAUAUUAAUAGCAAAUAAAAAUUAUAUUUCAAAAACUCAAU